UGAUUUGUGUUUUCAUAGUAUAAAUAACAUGUUUGAUUAUGUUUCAUGUGCAGCUGGGCCGCGUGCCGGUGGGAGUGAUGCUUCCCCCACGCUACGCCACGCUGCCGCUGCCGGCGCCCUACGCCGGGCCUCCCGCGCACCCCACACACCGUCCUCCGCCCAACACACUCUACUACCCCUUGCACGAAGCUCGUGCUCGGCGACGACGAUCUGCGGUGGGCGGGCGUGAGCGGCGACGUGCGGCCCGCGAGCGCGACUCUCUCACCCGCUCGCUGGAACGCAUCCAUCGCAAGCGUCGCGCGGACCGCGACCGACCAUCCGACGCCGACCUUAAACGCACCUACACCGGCCUUGACAGAGCAUACGCGGAGCAGUUCAUCGCGGUGUGCGACGAGAGCCGGCACGCGGCUGAGCGGCUCGACUCGCUCGCCAGCACCAACACUAGCGACACCGCGCACGAGCGCGACACACACCGCGACCCACAUCGCGACCACUGAACACGACGCGACACACGCGUGCCUCGUGCCUCGUGCCCCGAGCCUCGUGCUACCGAACCCUACAAUUUAUUUUCUAUGUUCCAACUUCUUUCAGUUAAUAAUCCGGGCUAACAUAAAUCUAAACUUUAAAAAAAUCACAUAAUGGUUGAAAAAUUUAUAAUUGCAAUGGCAACAUUGCAAGGAAACGUCAAUAACCAGCAUCGAUUAUUAAUAAUAUUAGUGUUACUAUUGGACUAUUGUUCUACUAAAUCUAAAUUAGCAUUAGUUUAAAACUAAUAUCGACGAGGUUCUAGUUUCUAGAGUAAGAAGAAAAUUAAGAACUUACCUAAGAUAAUAUACUUAAGCCUGUAAAUUUAAAAUUGUACGAAUCUCUUGCUAUUUCUUUAAUUCUACA